UUGUUUUCGUGCCUUAUCCCCGCCGUCGCGGCGCCGCUGCGACAAGGCGCCUGCAUUGUCUGCCUGCUGGAAAACGAAGCGAGCGGCCAUCCAUUGCCGGCGCCGUGUGCUUGAUCCAGUAAUCUGUCGGCGUUGUCCCAGGGUGGGCUGUUUCGACACCUGUGCUACCGAUUCGAGGCGAUCACCUCACCAUGACCCACGAAAACGUCUACAAGCUGCGGGAUCAUCCGGAUUUCCCGAACGAGAUUGACGUGCCAUUUGCCACGAAGCUCCAGCCGGAGCUCAUCUGCUCGACGUGCAAUUGUGUCACAGCGGCUGGCCUCAAGGAUGGCAAUGACCACGUCUACUGCCUCAGGUGUGCCGAAGAGCUCACAGACAGCAGCAACGAGUUCACGUGCUGCAUUUGCAAGUGGAAUGCUCCCAUAACCUCGUUGAAGAAAAAUAAGGAAGAAUGGGCCAUCCUGGAGAACGCGCUGUCAGCGUGCCCUAACCAAACCAAGACUUGCAGUUUUAACGGCAAAUUACGAGACAUUCUUAAUCACUACAAGACUUGCAAACUGAACGAAAAAGUGGAGUGCACUCUCUGCAGAAAAUUGCAGGAUAUCAAAACCCUAGGAGACCACAUCAAGAACGACUGCCCUAUGAGAUGCCUGGAAUGCAAUUUCUGUGGCGUGGACCUUGUCGCCCGCGACAAAGUGAGGCAUGAAAUGAACUGUGACCAGCGUCCGGGAACCUGUGAGCACUGCGAAAAGAACUUCAGGACCCACGAAGAGCUGGAGCGGCAACACAAGGCUGUAUGCCAGCUCAUGCCUGUCGACUGUUCGUUUAGAGAAUUGGGCUGUGACUACAGGGCAACCAGGCGAGACAUGGAGAGCCACGAAGCGAGCGGUUGUCACAACGAUCUCCUCGUUCGGAAAAUCUGCCGUCUGGAAAAAGAGAACGAGGACCGUAAGAACUCAUUCCAUCAAAUAUUAGAUAACGUCAAAGCAUCAAGCGAUAAUACGAUACAACAGAUGGAAAGGAAAACGGCCGAACUUCAGGAAUCUGCCAUUGCUGAGAGAACAUUGCGAGCUAAAUUGGAAGAGCGACUGUUGACCUUACAGAACGAGCUUGAAAACCAUAAGAACUCAUCCUUUCAAAUAUUAAAUACUGUCAAAGGAACAUGCGAUGAUAAGAUACCACAGAUGCAAAGUGCAAUGGCCGAACUUCAGGAAUCUGCCAAUGCUGAGACAACAGUGCGAGCUAAAUUGGAAGAGCGAGUGCUGACCUUACAGAACGAGCUUCAAAAGCAUAAGAACUCAUUCCUUCAAAUAUUAAAUACUGUCAAGGGAACAUGCGAUGAUGAGAUACCACAGAUGCAAAGGAAAAUGGCUGAACUUCAGGAAUCUGUCCAUGCUGAGAGAAUAUUGCGUACUAGAUUGGAAAAGCGAGCGUUGACCUUACAGGAAAAGUUUCAAGGUGAGAUGGAGAUGCUCCAAGGAGGUGUCCUAGGAUACGUGAGACACGUCCGAACUGAAUGUGAAACACGCGUCGCAGAAUUGGAAAAGUCGCUCGAGGAAUGUCACAGGUUGACACGGGGAACUUUCUCCGAAAUCGAAAAAAUGACAGACGCUCGUCUGGAUGCGGUUCAAGAGAAAAUGAAAGAUAUGAACCAUAUGGUUGACAAUAGAUUCCACGGCUUGCAGGAAAGAAUGCAGCAUCUACAUCGAGCCACUCUCGCACAGAUAGAAGAGCUUGCAGAGCACGUCCGUCAUAUGCGCAACUUCGUUCCCGAAAAAUAGGAGCGCGGUCAAGGAAGCCAGGGUCACGGGCGUUCCAAAUAGUCUGACCUUCACACUCAGAUCAACAUAAUGUUUGAUGCAAGCUUGCUACGGAGAAACGAAGUUAUUUUGUGAUCAUUUUUUUUCUACCGACAACUUCGUUUUAAUCAUCGAUCACUUUAACAAUGACGCGAAAUAAAAGCGACCAGAAUUAAACCUA